AUGGACGUCACUACUACUAUCAACACACAAUCUUCAUCAGCGUCAUCGUUACGAAGCUCAUCGCCUACUACACCCAUAACACCUUCCUCGCCUGCAUCAUCGGCAGGAGCAUCAUACUUCAACACACCAAACUCGCCGCAGAUCCCUUACCACAUCAUCGUCACGUUCGACGGUAAAGUGCGCGAGAUGAUGAGGAUAGAAAGGCAGGUCGAAUACCCAGUCCAGGAACGCCGAUCGCGGAGGCCGGCACCUAGGCCGAGGUACUAUGCGAAGAAUGCGGAGGAGCAAAGACCAGAGGCUAAGAGGGUUGACAGCGGGUUCGGCGGGAUGUAA